AAACCGCUCGCCGCUUGAACAAGACAAAACAAAAAUCUAAACAAACUUUAAUCAGCCAAAGUGUCUCAGUUUACUUGCGUCUAGAAUUAAAAAUUUAAAUUUUUAUAGUGAAUUCAAUUAAUUAGUGUUGAAAAUGGCUGGAAACUUUUGGCAAAGCUCCCACCAUCAGCAGUGGAUAUUGGACAAGCAAGACCUCAUCCGCGAGCGACAGCACGAUCUGAAAAAUCUCACCGAAGAGGAGUACCAGAAGAUCUUUAUGUUUUUCGCCAAUGUUAUUCAAGUGCUAGGGGAGCAGCUAAAGCUUCGCCAGCAGGUCAUUGCCACUGCCACGGUCUAUUUCAAGCGGUUCUACGCCCGGAACUCGCUCAAAUGUAUAGACCCGUUACUGUUGGCCCCGACUUGUAUUCUGCUGGCCUCCAAAGUGGAAGAAUUCGGUGUCAUUUCCAACUCCCGGCUCAUCACAACCUGCCAAACGGUGAUCAAGAACAAAUUUAGCUAUGCCUAUCAGCAGGAGUUCCCCUACAGGACCAACCACAUCCUGGAGUGUGAGUUUUAUUUGCUGGAGAACUUGGACUGCUGCCUGAUCGUGUAUCAACCGUACCGUCCGUUGCUGCAGCUGAUCCAGGACAUUGGCCAGGAGGAUCAAUUGCUGACGCUUACCUGGCGUCUGAUCAACGAUUCCCUGAGGACCGAUGUCAGUCUGCUGUAUCCGCCAUAUCAAAUUGCAAUAGGCUGCCUGCAGAUAGCAUGUGUGAUCCUGCAAAAGGAAUUGAAGGCGUGGUUUGCCGAAUUGAACGUAGACAUGGAGAAAGUGCAGGAAAUUGCCCGGGCCGUUUUGAACGUUUUCGAGCUGUGGAAAAGCUACGACGAAAAGGAAAUACAGGGACUGCUGGAAAAGAUGCCAAAACCAAAGCCGGCCCCUCAACGGUGAUUCAGUAAGUUCGACUUCGUCCCUGUGACUAGUAGCAUUAGAUUCUUAUUCAAUUUCCCAAAAGUACUGGCUUUACAGUUCAAAGUUUACUUAUUAUUCAUAUGGUAUGUUCUUUAACAAAUUAUUUAGGAAUGCAGUUUAUAAUUUGAACAACUUGAAUAUGCACCUAGGAACUAGAUUUAUAUAUGAAAUUGAAUUUUAUCAAGUGUAAUAUCAAUCAUGUAGUAAUAUAUUCAUUUCACCAUUAGAGGUCUACAGAUACCACAAAUUUCCCGAACCGAGAUAUAUACCUAAGAAUUGUUACCACAUUUUCGGUAAACUGAAUUAGUUGCAUGAAAUUCAAAACAUUGCUGGCCCUGUGGUGAUCGGUGUCUGAUAUCGGUGUCUUGUACACAGAAUAAAAACUGAAUUACAUAUUGUUCAAAGAAUCAUCAUAUAAAAUGCCAAGCGGGCUGUGUGAUAUGUUGAUUGUGAGAGUUUGUUAUUCAGUUUCUAGACUGAACCAACUUGAUUGAUAUUUCAAAUAUUGUCUACGUUCAGAUUACAUAUUAGUAACUAAUCCAUAUUGUAGGACUCAUAAUAAACCAAGCAUAUUCAUUGUCUCAAAAAA